AGGUAGUAGAGCUUUGACAUGAGUAAAAAGUGAGUUCGUGAAAACUUAUUUUACAAAGUGAUGUCAAUAAAAGUGAAGCCGAUGACGAGUGUAUGAACUCGAUCUCACUCUUCAGAAUGGUGAAACGCAAAGUUGCCCUCGCAUUUGCAGAUACGAGUAGCCACGGCAACAGUGAUGAUAAAAAGACGACUGCAAGAAGAUCUCGUCGUACAGGAAACGCCCAAAAGAGGAUUGACCCAAGCAAUGUCACCAAUAGUGACAGUGACGAUGACAUUGACUUUGUAACUGAGAUGCCGAUGGGAAGGUCCAGUGCUGCUACUGCAGUAAAGGCAGAACGAUCUCAACGUCAUCAACAACGUCAUGAAGCCCAGAACCAGAAUCGCCAAGGCGCCGAGCAGAGACAUGAAGACGACUUAAGACAAAGAGAAGAAGAAGAACUGAAGCGUGCGAUAGAACUCAGCAAGCUCGAUAUGGAGGUAGAAAAAAGCCAAUCUGAAUCACAAGAUGAGUGGGUCACCCUGGAACCCCAACGGCGCUUCAAUGAAAAUCAAUCAUCGCAGCUCAAAAGAAAAUCUCUUUCCAGUAGGGGUAGCCGGGCAGCUGAUGGGCCUUCGGAGUGGCAUGAAGACAAACCACAAUCAUCAAGUUCCAGCCACUCUACCCCUUUAGAAAUGGAACCAACCAGCCAGGAGCAUUACAAUGAGUGGCAAGAUGCGAUGGAAAGUCCAGAAUGGGAUGAUCUAUCUCAACAGAAAGGGGUGGAUAAUGGGGAUCAUAGCUCGCCAAGUUUCUGUAUGAAAAGAACUGAUUCCGUUGAAAAGCGGAGAGGUAAAAUCAACAGCAGUCAACCUGAAACUAGCAGGCAUCAAUACGCCGAAGAAAUAGUCGGGCAUCUCACUAAAGAAUCACCACAAGAACCGCGUAGUCGCCUUCGGCUUCGUAAACGCACCGUCCAAGGCGAGGUCUCUUCGCAACACAACCACCCCUCUAAGACAAGAAAGGUACCCUCUGCUCAAGAUGUUGAUGAGAGUGAGGAUGAGGAAGGAGAUGAACAGAGUCUAGAGGAGAUUGAUAUGACCAAGGAUGAGGAAGGAUCAUCCGGGGAGGAGGAGGAGGAGGAGACGGAAGAGGAAAGACGAGAUCUUGAGAUCAUUCCACUUGUCGAUACAAGGAAGCCUCAUCAUCUGAAACACCCGUACUACGCCCCUCUGAAUUCCAGCAAGUGCACCUACACAAAAGUCGUCUAUAAGCUGAUUCAGGCGUACUGCAGUCGCCUUAGACGGGCUCAAAGCAAGGCACUGACCAAAGUGGUUAUGGGAAAUCCGGUGGCGACUGGUAACUGUUUCCGCGAUACCCUUGUAUUUCGGAAGCGUGGCAGUAGGGGUUUCACAUACUAUGCUCUAAGCGAUAGCGACGAGGAAGAUAUAGCCGUUGCUGACAAUCACAUAAAAGCGGGACCGUCGGACACUCCAGUUAAGACAAGACUCGUUAGGCGAACAACAAAAUUUGAUUUAACCGAUGAUGAUUCGGACUCGGAUUUUAUCCCAGUCAGACGGAGCAAGUUGUCGACAAAGGGACGACAGAAGCUAUCUGCUUCAGACGUAGUCGAGAUGCUCAAGACGAAGAGUCAGCAUCUUCAGGAGCGAGAGGAAGAUGUGAUUAUACCUGACGAUAAUGAGGCAUUCUUUCAAACCUUAGGCCAGGAUCAAUCACAGACGCAAGAUUAUUGUCCUGAUGACUCUGAUAGGAGCCAACCGACAAUCAGGACAGCUCACAAGUCUCAACUAACUCCCUCCUCUGCUAUUGGAAGAUCUUUCUCUCCUCAUCACUGCGUAGCUGGAGCAGACAGUCAGAACAGCAUCACCGAUAUUUUCAAAGUGUCCACUAACGACGACGAAACGGAUGAACAGCAAGCAUCUGAAAGCCCCACUAAGAAAACUGACGGAAAGAAACAAAGACCGACCCUCGGGGGAGACAGUGAAACGGAUAGCUUUGAUGAGCAAUUAUUGGCACAAAGUUCUCUAAAUAAUUCAGCACGAUCUAAGAAAGCAGUAAUGCCAACAUUCACAAAUCGUUCUCAAUCCAGUAAUCAUGCAACAUCUCAGGAGUUGCUGUCACCAGAACAUACCAAGAUGAGAAGUUUGCAGGACACCGAUAAGGACGCAUUCAGUGAGAAGUCGGUGAUUUCUUCAGGGCCUGCCGACUCUUCCCAACAAUGUCAACCCUCACAGGAAAAUAUAAGGACUGAGAGUCGAGACAAGGAAGUUGAAGUUGACGAGUACGAUGGCCUUGGGCCAAGUUUUGAGGAGAAGAGGUUAAUUUAUUAUGGUGAGAUGUUUCCAUCUACAGAACCUGACGAGAUGAAGCAGAGUAGCUGGGAGGAACGUCUAGAUGAGGAGGUACAGGAGAUAUCUCAAAGUAGGGUCAAGAAAAACAUGCAAAGUGCCACUCCUGGAAAACUCAAGACACAGCAGCAGAAACAUACAAGUAGAGCCACAUCAAGUGGAGGAUCACAACCUCCUGAAGGUGCAUCGUCGAUGAUCAACCUAAGUGCCUUCAGACCACAGAGGGCCUCCGUUGAAUCGUCUAAACAGAAGGUUGGGAGGGGUAAAACUGAACGCUUCAAUGACCAUGAAGAGAGGGUGGAUGAUUGGGAUGGUGAGGAGGCUGAUGGAGAUUGCAGCGAGGAGGAAAGGGUUCAGGAUGAGGACGUGGUGGAGGUUGGAGAGGAAGAGGAGGAUGCGGGAAAUGAUGACGCGGACAGUGAUGUGACCUGCAUGGACGAGAACGAACACAUCGAGGAUGAAAUCGGCCAACCACCUCAAGAUGAUGACCAGAUUGACCGGACUGAAGAUGGUGAAGAAGAACUGGAUGAAGAUGGAGAUGAGGAGGUGGUUAGCGAAGGAGGAGACGUUGUUGUUACAGUUGAAGAUGAGGUUGAAGAGAUCGGUGUGGAGUGUCCUUUAUGUGGCGUUAAGUUCCCGUUGGAUCGUAUAGAGGCCCACGCAUCAGAAUGCAACGGCCCUGUUUCCCCACCACCACCUCCAAAAGAGAACAACAGACAGGAGGAGGAUGAUGUGGACUCCCAAGAGGUACCCGUGAGGGUAAGGAGGGCUCAGUAUCACCAUCACCCCAUAAGAAAAGGCCUCUUGGGCUCACUGAAUGAUAUCAACGCUAACGGUGAUGAUGUACCGGGUCCAAGCACAGCUGUGCAACCAAAAAGCAGGAGUCAGGUCAGAAAUACUACAGAGGAGAGACCAUUGCGAGGAAUACCCACAAAGAUUAUGAAAAAGAAUACAUCCAGCAGCAUGUCAAGUAAACAAGAUCCUAUUUCAAGCAAGUGGUCUCCAAAUGAGAAAAGAUUGACUCCAAACUGGGAUGAGGAUGCCAGUGAUAGCCACUCAGAAUCCAGUGAUCAUCUCAACGCCACUCUAAUUCAGUUAGUCGAAGACCACAAUUUGUUUCAGCCGAAGCGAACACGGGUACAGGAAAGGCCCACGAAGCGACAACGUCUUCAAGACGGGAACAAACAUGAGAAAACUUCAAGUAGUGUUGAAGAGACGGAGCCGUGUUUCAUCUGCAAUAAGAGAAUACCAAAGAGUCUCUACGCCAAGCAUGUACAGGAUGAGAUUGAUAAAGCUGAGGCAACAGAACUUUCUCAGGAUGCCGUGCAACCAAGACGUGGACUUCGCUCCAAGAAAGCGACUGGUGUGGAGACUAGCAUGGACAUGGAGAAGUUGCAGUCAGGACCCUCAAAUGAUGUUGGAGACCUAAUAGAAGAUUAUGAAUCUGGGGAUUGGGGACCAUUAGACUCAGAGUCUGACGACAGCUUAUCCGACCCAGUCCUUGAUCCAAUGGUCAGUGAGUCGCCUAUCAAAGCAUUCCAACCAAUCAGCAAACAGCCGAUGAAUUUGAUCAACUUUAAGAACCAGUUUCAGAAUAACGCCAGUGGAAGCAGGAAACGCCGCCGGUCCACCACCACGUCGUCUAGCAGGGGGCGUGGCCAAGGGAGCAGAGGAGGAGGAGGCAGAAAGCAACGGGGGAAAAAACGCAGACGGUUCCCUCGUAAAAAAUAACAGGUGCAUUUUUUGUUUGAUUUCCUCCAUAUUUAUAAUUACAGGCAUGAUAUUAUUUAUACAAUUGUCUGUUUUCUGAUUUGUUUGUCCUUAAAAAAAAUAUGAAAAAUUAUGAUUAAUAGUUUGGAAUGCUUUUUGAACCUAUGGGUUAGCCCCUGUACUCGAUAAAAUAUUCAAACUUUUUUCCAAGAAACAAACAUCAUGUCUGAAAUUAUGAAAUAUAUGCUAAGCGUGAUGUUAGUUUGGUGACAUUUUGUCAUGGUGACUGGAUGAACAAUCUAGUAAGGUUUAUGGUAACACCAUGUUCAUAAAAUCUCUCUUUGACUUCUGAUGGUUCUCAAAAGAACAGGUGGUGUGAUAAACUCAACAUUUCGAUCAUUCUGCGCUGAUCAUCUUCAGGAAAAGCUGGACUCCAAUGUUUAGCAGGCUUGUUGUGUCCUUGGUUAAAUACAAGCGCGCCCUCUAGUGGUAAGCUUGAUUUGGGUUACGCCAUCUUGGAUGGUAGAGUUGGUUUCCAUGAAGUGAACAUAAUAGCAUACUGUUAACCAACUUCUGCGUCCUGUUGAGUUCCUUACUGACUACACUACAAUCUGUAUAAAGUACUUUGGGUUGUUGUAGGUCUUGGUCUUAAGAGAAUUUGUUUUGCAGUCUUGGGUCUUGUCUUGAUCUUGGCCUGAAAAAAGGUCUCGGUCUCUGCCCGCAACAGUCUCGGUCAUGUGUGGACUGGUCUCAAUUUGAUAGAGCUGCUUAUAGUGGCAAAUAAUGCUUAAACGUAACCUUGGCAUAAAUACACGGGGAACCAGUCACACACUGUGCACAUUGCUAUUUAAGCAGAAAACUUUUUUGCAGUAACCAAUAUUACUUGAAGCUUAGUAAAUAUUUGAGCUUCUGCAGCUCAACGAGCUGUGUGAUUCGGAGACGCAAGAGGGUUUUAUUUACAUGGUGUUGCUGCUAGCGUAGAUAUUACUUUGACUUUAUUUUCCUUUGAUAAAAUGGAGAUGGAACCAGGCAGGCAUUUGCAGGGCUGGGCAAGGGGUAACCCCAUUGGACCCAUAACUGUCUCAGGCCUGACAUUUCAUGGAAGCCACUCAGGUCACUGGUACCCUAGGGCCGUAUUUCAUAGAGCUGCUUUAGCAUAAAAAGGCACAACAAAAUUGUGCUUACCAGAAUAAGGACACCAGCUAAAUACCUAUUUUACAUGUACACAAAUGUAACUAGUAUUCUGCUUAGAUGUGCUUAACAGAACAACGUUUAAGCAAUAUUUUUUGCUUAAGCAGCUCUUUGAAAUUGGGCCCCUUGUCUUGGCCUUGCCAUGGCUAUGUCAUGAACCAGUCUUCCUCCCUCUGUUGUAUUUGAGGUUUUCCUCCCUCAGGAAAAAAUCAAACACUUUCGAUCUUGGCUGUGCUCCGUGGUCAUAAUGGGUUGA